UACGGUAUCCCAAAUUUCACCGGGUACCGUCCUUCCUCCCCCGCCACUCCCGGGAUCGACCCCGUUGACAGCUUCAUGGAGUUCCCAGAUUUAGGAGCCCACUGCACGGAGCCCUCCUGCAAGCGCCUGGACUUCCUCCCCUUGAAAUGUGAUGCAUGUGAACAGCUAUUCUGCACUGACCAUAUUGCCUAUGCCCAUCAUAGCUGCACUUCAGCAUACAAGAAGGAUGUACAGGUUCCUGUUUGUCCACUAUGCAGCACACCCAUCCCUGUGAAGCGAGGAGAAAUGCCUGAUAUUGUGGUGGGAGCCCACAUUGAUCAAGACUGCAAAUCAGACCCAGCGCAGCGUAAGAGAAAGAUCUUCACCAACAAGUGUCAGCGUCCUGGCUGCAAACAACGGGAAAUGAUGAAGGUGCUCUGUGACCAAUGUCAUGGCAACUUCUGCCUCAAACACCGGCACCCCCUAGACCAUGACUGCAGUGGGGCUGGCCGUUCACUCUCCAAAGCAGGGAAUGCUGCUGUAGUCAGGGCUCAAAAAUCUGCCAAAGAAACUGUAAGCACUACAUCUAGCAGCGCAGCCAUGAGAUCUCAUGUCAGCCAACCAACCUCCAGCAGAUCAAGUGAAACGGUAAGAGCAUCUCAGCCACAAAGCCCGACUGUACCUGUUGCUGCUCUGCAGAACGGUUUGAGUGAAGAGGAAGCGUUACAGCGAGCCUUGGAGAUGUCUCUGGCGGAAACGGCAGCCAUCCAACCAGAGCGCAGCAGCGCCCAAGAGGAGGAGGAUCUGGCAUUGGCUCGAGCGCUUUCGGCUAGUGAGGAAGAAUAUCAGCAGCAGCAGCAGCUACGGCAACAAAGAAAUCACUGUGAGAACCAGCUGAAGCGCAGACCAGGACGUGGCAAGGGGCGGAGCCAGCGCUCAACAGGACACAUGCGCCACGAGGAGCCACCAAUAGGGUUCUGUGAGAUACAUUUUCUGCCCCUGAUAGUGGUCGCGCAGGAUCUGAAGCACCUGCAAAAAUUGCACUGCAUAGAUCUCCAUGGGUACAGUCCAUGCCCACAGCCGCUGCCUCUUGUCAGUUCCAGUUCCACAGCUGCCUACUGCGAGCUCAACAAGAAUACACGGCGGUGUCAUCGCCAGCAGGCUCCGAUGUACAAGUUGUGCCGCAUGUAUCAGACAUGUGAUCAUGCAGUACUGAUUGCAGGUGGCUGGCAGGAGCAGGUCACCUAUCCCCAUCAUGCCCAGAACCUGUUGCUUUUCUACCAGAUGCUUCGACGAAAUGGUUUCCGCCAAGAGCAUAUCAAGGCUUUCUUUGCCAAUGAGGGACAGGCUUCAGGUACUAAAACAA